UUGAAAGGCUGCUAUCGUGAUAGACAAUUUAAAUUAAAUAAUAAUAUUAAGUUAUAUGAAUGACAAACUUAUUACAAAAUUGUUGGUUAUUAUAUAUUACAUGUGAUGCCCAACUUAUACUACAGUACUACACCCGAGUUUAGUGAAGUGGAGUAACUAUAACUUAGCAAUGUUUGAACUUGAAGUGUUAGGCUAAGUGUAUUUUUGAUUUACAUCUUAGGACCUAAGUACUGUAACUUGGGAUCUGUUAAGGAAAAUGGAAAAAACAGAGGAGGAUUCUAGAAAUGUGUUGACAGACUGCAACAGUGAAGAGAAAUCUGCAGGAGUAACUGCACAAAUCACCGAAAACUCGCUAAACAAAUCGUCAACUGAUAAUGAUGAGAUGGAAAGGCUUUCCCAAGAUUUGUCAAAUGAUAACACAACAGACAAACCAAGCGGUUCCACUCCAGUUACAGUAAUUGAUUCACUUGCUGAUUCUCCUGCAACAUUUAACAUCACCAGUGGAUUUGACAGUGCAGAUAGUAUGAAUGAUGAAGACUUUCUUGAUGCUAAGAAAGGUGUUUUAAGUGCUAUUGGUCUCAUAGAAGAUGGGCUGAAAGAAGACAGUUUAGACGGUAUUGCAGCAGAAAAAAGUAGUAAUAUUUCAAUCUUCAAGGAUAAGUGUGAAACUGCCUCUUUAGAAAAGUCUAAGAUUAAGUCAGGUGAAAAUGAUGUGUCUACCAGGGAGGUUACUAAUAUUUCUAGUUGUCAACCUAAUGAUACUUCACAGGAUUUAAAAAAGUGUGAUAUUUCUGCAGGCUCUCGUGAUCUAAUUUGUAAAGAAGGUAACAGUAAUAGUGGAAUGGAAGAGGAAAAAACCUCCGAGGUAAGUGAAGAAACUAAUCAGGAGACUGUUAUAAAUGAUUGUGAAAAAGAGGAAUCCAUUAAACCAUUAAAUAACAAAAGUAAAGAAGAUGUAUUAGUCGAAAAUAAAAUCUCAAACACUGAAAAUACAAUACAAAAUAGUACUGAUUCUGCAGAUGAUAUUAUUGAGUUGAAUGGUAUUGAAACAUUAUCUAAGGAAAUGUCACAUUUUGUCAAGUCAGAUUGUAAAGUAAAAGAAAUUGGGGGUAAAAGUUCUAAAAAUGAAAAGGUGAUUUCAACAAACUCAAAGGAAAUAUGUUCUAAAAAUCGGGCUGAAGUAAACUCAGUAAGUCAAACUUGUAAAGAAACAGAGCUUGAAAAAUGUUCACCCACAUCAGAUAAUAAGGUUGAAGCUAAUGAUAAAUCAGAUGAUUCCGAUGAUAUUGUUAUGCUGAAAGAAAUUCAGACAAACUCUGCUUCUCGGUCAGAAACUCAAAAAGUUAAAAGUCAAAUCACACCAGAAUCAACUGAGAAUGUUGAGUUAGAUUUGUACGAUGAAGAGAUAUCAGUGUUAAAGUAUAAAGAUGCAAAAGAUGAAACUAAAAUGGUUGGGGAAUUCAAGUUGGACAAUAUGGUACCAAGCUCUGAUGAAGACAGUGAUGUAUCCACCAACAACAGUGAAAAUUGCACCACCACAGUUGAUUCUGAUGUAGAUUCAUCAAAUAUUGCUCCACCGAUACCAGACACGGAAGAAACUAGUGCAGCUGUUAAAUCAGAUGAAGAGAAUAAUGCCGAUGAAAAAGAUGCACAAGAUGACACCAAAGAAUCACAUUGUAGUUCAGAUAGUUUGAAAAAUGAAGGUAUGGAUUUAGAUGAGCUUAGUGCUGAUUCUAUUGUUAAACGUCCAGAAGAAACUACUAAGAUGGACGUAGACCUGACUGAUGACGUCACAGAAAAAGAGAUAGAAAAUGAAACAACCCAAAUGGACAUAGACUUAGAUAACAGUUACGAAAAAGAAGAGGCAUCUCCUGAACCCAACAGUACUGAAUGUUCAGUUGAACAUACUGAUAUUGAGCCUUCUAUAUUGAAUCCUGAUACUGAAAAAAGGGAAAGCUUAGAAACAACAAAACCCGAAACUGACAUCGCUAAGGAUGAGAUUGAAACUAAACAGGAUGAAUCAGAUGUCCCAAUGGAAAGUGAUGAAGUGUUAACAAAUACAAAAAAUGAAGAUUCCAAUGAAACAUGUGCUAGUAAAGAAACAGACUUGGAAGACAUGUUGAAAACAGCUCUACUCAAUAAUGAAAAAUUCAAAGAGGAUUUAAUAACUGAAGAUAGGAACAACAAAGAAACUUCAGAAUGCGCCACUUCAAAUGAUGCGGAAGUGAUUUGUUUAGUCGACGAUGAUGAUGACGUGAAAAAGAAGCCGCCUGCCGCUGUUAACUGCGUGAACCCCAACUGCAUGUCUGGAGAAGAACUGGCACCUCCGGCUUCGAUUGUGCUGUCUUACUUUGGAUUGAAACGAUCAAAGGGACAGAAAGUCUGUGCUGAGUGUUUUGAAGAGGUCAUAGAACACGAUAAGACACUGACUUCCUUCCUUGCGGAACAAAAGCCGUUAUUGUCAGCUGAUUACCCCAGCCACAAAGAUGUAAUUUCGCUAGACUCAGAUGAAGAAGAACUUUCUGAUAAUGAGGGUUACCUGUCGGACGAGACGAUGUCCGUGAUUAGAGACAACUUGGAUGACUUGAUCUCUGAAUCGUUAGCCAAAUAUGACUUUGACUACCAGCUGAGAGAAUCCUGCAAUAUCAUAAACAAAAGACUCGACAAACUAGAGAAGGAAAAUCGAGAGACUGCCAAAAAAUUUGAAACAAUCCAUGACUCAUUGAAUUUGAUCCGUGAUCAGAUAUAUGAAGAGUUCAAGCAAGAGAGAACGGAACUGGAGGAGUUGCAGAUAGUGGACUGUGAGAUACCACCGUUGCCAAUUCGCAAGCCAACAUCACAAAACCAAAUGUACAACAAAGAACUCAGCAGAAUGAGAAGAUCACGAGAUGAAAGGCAAGAGAGAGAAAACAAAGAGAUGGAUGAGCAGUUAGCAGGAGGUUCGAGUAGAGUUGUUGCCACCAAAAAGGUGUCUCGGACUCCUCAACCUCAGCCGUCACUGUCAGAUCAUACAGCGCAAGAUGUAACUUAUGUGAGGUCGGAGGCGAAGUGUGAGCCGCCAUCCAACCUACCUAGCCCGGGUCCUCUAGUGAGACCCAAACUGCGGGUCGGUGACUUGGCCUACACCAUGAAGGUCAGCUACUUCAGCAUCUGGGUUCACUGUCGCAUACUAGAGGUCAUCCCCAGGAACCCAACUGAGAACGAUCCAUCAACAGAGACCUACCGCGUAAGAAUAGAGAAUGUGAAGAAGAAUUCAGUGCGUACAGUGACGGGCAAGUACUUGGCGUAUCCGACCCCUGCGCGAGUACAGCUCAGAGUGGGUGUGCGAGUCAUCGCUAUAUUCAAAGAGGAAGAAGACUCAGUCACCAAAGACAACUACUACGUUGGUGUCAUCGCCGAACCUCCCAAAAGCAUGAACAAGUAUAGAUACCUGGUGUUCUUUGAUGACGGCUACACUCAGUACUGUCCACAUGAGAACAUCCUGGUAGUGUGUGCCACAAGUAAGAACGUCUGGGAGGACAUCCACCCGGAGCCGAGAGAGUUUAUCCGUAACUACUUACAACAGUAUCCGGAGAGACCUAUGGUCAAGCUGUCUCAGGGACAGAUUGUCAAAGUCGAGUGGAAUGGUCGCUGGUGGAUUGUGAGGGUUCUAGAGGUGGACGGGUCGCUAGUCAAAGUCCACUUUGAUGCGGACAGACGUACAGAGUGGAUCUACCGUGGGUCUACCAGGCUAGGACCCAUGUACCAGGAACUGGCGGCCGCCAAGGAACGUCAACAUGGUCAACAUGGUACUCUGCUCAGGUCCAGGGGCUUUGGUGGCGGAUCUCAUCAUAAGAGUGAUAUGCCGUAUGUUGAAUAUACUCGAGGGGAUGGGGAAGGUGACAAUGAGAAUAAGUCAGAAGAGAAGGAAAAGACUGAAGAAACAGCAGUAGAACAACCGGCCCCAGCCCCGAGGUCUGUAGCCAGGAAGAGUACAGCCAAGAAGCCAGCCUCUCCCACACCUGUGAUAUCAAACAACACGUACUGCAAACCUCUCAUCAGUUACCUACCUGAGGGCAGAGUCAGGCAACGCAAGUUGAGGCCCAGAUGUCGCCCUCUGCAGUUCCGGCCACACAAGUGUAAUGAAGCUUGUAUCAAGUGGACCGGAUAUUCUCCGACAGCCGCCAAGAAGUACGACCCCCUCGUCAAACCUCUUAUAUUCGGUUUUGAAAGGCUGAUUGCCAAUUUCAAAGGCAAGUCUGCUGUGCAUUAUCGGGCACCGUGUGGUCGCAUGCUGCGUAGUUCUCAGGAGAUGUUGACCUACCUGACUCGUUCAAAGAGCAACCUGACCAUUGAUCUUUUCGACUUCGACUUCUGGGUCAAUCCUCUAGCCGAGUUUGAAGAGGGAAACACCUUUGGAAAGAUUGAGGACUUGUCGUAUGGGAAGGAGAAUGUCCGCAUCUCCUGUGUCAAUGAGCUGGACCACAGCAUGCCUCAGUAUGUACAGUACCUGACUGCCAGGGAGCCUGCUAAGGACGUCAAUCUCAACCUGGACCCAGAGUUCCUGGUCGGUUGUGACUGUACGGACAAUUGUGAGGAUCGUACCAAGUGCAGCUGCUGGAAGUUGACGCUGCAGGGUAAAGCUUACCAGCCAGACGGGGACUUGGACCCUCUGUUCGGUUACCAAUAUAGACGUCUUCCCGAGAGGAUAGCUACUGGUAUCUACGAGUGCAACUCUAGAUGCAAGUGCAAAAGCACAUGUCAGAACCGGGUGGCACAACAGCCGUUGUCGUGCAGACUACAACUGUUCAAGACGCUCAAGAAAGGCUGGGGCAUCCGAUGUCUCCACGACAUUCCCCGCGGUGCCUUUAUCUGCAUCUACGCCGGCUUUCUACUCACAGAACAAGAGGCCAAUGAGGGAGGCAAGACAUAUGGUGACGAGUACCUUGCUGAACUGGACUACAUUGAAUCUGUAGAAAACCUCAAGGAAGGAUACGAGUCGGAGGCUAAGGAACCAUCCGACUUUGAAGAUGAUAACAUAUCACAGAAGGACACCAUGGACAUAGAGUAUGAACACAGCGAGGACUCGGCGGACGCAUUCAUAGAGCAGCCCAGGAGACAGACGGCAGAUAUCAAAUUACGGUUAAGGCGACGUACAAUGGAUGAAGCUGAAAAAGAAUCUCGGAAAUCCAGAGCAGACGACGAUGCUAUUUCCAUCAGCGAUGAUGAACUUGACUCAGGACAAUGUGGAGGAUGCCGAGAGAACAUUGACAGUGUUAGAGAUUCCCUUCGCUGUCAAGGGUGCAUGAAGUCAUACCACUUUAAAUGCACUCCGUUAAAAACUAGCGCUAACGUCGAUAAGUUAGGCUCCAACAAAAGUUCUUGGGUUUGCCCCAGGUGUGACGCUCUCGUUCGCAAACCCCAAACUUUUGAUGCCAACAUCACCGUUAACCAGGGAGACGACGAGGAAGUCAAGUAUCCCUCGGUGCGUGAGCUUUACGGCCCUGAUGAGAAUGUUUAUAUCAUGGACGCCAAAACUCACGGAAACAUCGGGAGGUACUUAAAUCACUCGUGCAGCCCCAACGUUUUUGUUCAGAAUGUGUUCGUAGACACUCACGAUCUCAGGUUCCCGUGGGUGGCGUUCUUUGCUAACCAGUAUAUCGCAGCUGGUACAGAGCUCACCUGGGACUACAACUACGACGUGGGCAGUGUGCCUGGCAAGGUUAUGCUGUGCUACUGCGGCAGUAACCAUUGCCGAGGUCGUUUGCUGUAAACGCUGCCGCCAAGUUCAACUGCUCAAGUUUCACUUUCUUCAAAAACAGUGACAUGUUUUUUCCCCCCAAAGUGUAUAAGAACUACAAUUUUCAUCGUAGUUUGUCAACACUUCAACAUUCAAUCCCCGGAAUAAGUUCUCAUAAACAGUAUUAUCAUUUUCUGUAACAUUACACACAGUGACUGUUUGUAUACGGAUUAUGUAUUUAAUAAACUAUGACAAAAGGAUAUAUUUUAUAUUACAGUGUUUUACUCAGGGUUAAUAAAAAGUAUAGUAAAUUGUUAGUUUAUAAAAAUAAUAGUACGUUAAUAAAAUAGUAGUAAAUUGUUAGUCUAAGUAAUUAGGUUUGUUGGUUGAAUUUAACUUAAAAAUUAGUGAGGCACAAAAUUAAUUCAGCAAUUUAAUUAAUUGAACAUCUGUGAUCAUUGGGACACAUUAUUAUCAACAUAUCCUACAAUCAUGGCAAAUUAUUUAUUAAAAGGAAAAGGUUUUCAACAUUUGUCAAGUUGUUUUUGUACAAAACGCUGCUGGCCUGGUGAAUAUAGCACUGGUUAAUAGCCUUCUGAGGAAACCCUAGUGUCUUUUCUUUAGUUCCCAAAAGUGUUUUGUAUGAAUUGAAUGUUUUACCAACCCCUUUACAUAAACGUCUGCCUGCUUUUUUUCUUGUCUCUACGCCAAUGGAAUUUUUAUAUCUAGGUCAGUUCAAACCUUUUAAGAGGAAACGGUCCAAAGCCAAAGUUUUGUGGAUUUACCGGGAAUUUAACCUGUCCCUCCACUCCCACACCGAAGUCGGAGGUAACACACUAGGCUAGCAACACACCCUUUUCUACAAACAGACUAGAAACUAGUUUCUUGCAUUCUAAAAGUGGCAAAACAUUUGUACUGUAACUGUAAAAGUUGUGUUUAUUAUCUUUAUCAAAAACCGUAUGAAACCAGUGAUACAGUAAAUCCUACUACAGAACAUGUAUUGAAACCUGUACACAACCUAUACCUGAGCUUACAAUGUACAUGUUAUAGAAACAAUUUUGUACCUGAUGAAGAUUGAUUCAGUUAGUUAUUUCUUCGACCCAGCUACACAUUUUAUUUGGGACCCAUUGUCUUGUAAAGACGGAAUAAGUUUUUGUAGAUUUUGAGUAAUAUUUUUUUUAUAUGAUUCCUCUGAGCAGAAUAAUAUAAUAGAAGUGUAUAAAGUAAAAACGUGAGAACUAUUUGUAAAUAGUCUUUUGAUCUCCCCUCACGUGUUGAGGAAUCUACAUUUGUUUAUACUUAGUUUUGAUAUUUGGUACAUACCAGUGUUGAAAUGUAUGUUUACUUGUCUGUUUUUAUACGUCUAAGUUAAAUAAA